UUCCGCUGUCCAUUUCAGUAGUAGUUUUCGCGUCGGCCGCAGCACAACGAGCAAACGGAAACCGGAAACGGAAGUAAAAGCGAGCGAAAGGCAGUGGCUUCAAAGCACAGUUAAUCGGGCAGAGAGCCGAGUGCAGACAACAGUCAACUGAGAACUGAGCGCAGUGAAGUGUUUGUUUUCGCCGUUAUCAGUGGAUGCACGCCUUCCCACCUCCGAUUGCGAGUAGGGAUCGGGCCAGGGACUGGGAUUCCGAAUCCUCAUCCGCACUCGCAUCCGCAUCCACAUCGGAUCCAGAAUCAGAAUCAGAAUUGUAUCCAGGCUCGCGACCCGCACGGAGGAGGCGGCGAGCCGGAGAGGCGUGUCACUAGCAGGUGGGCGAGCCGGUUAACCAGAUUCCGACGGCAAAAACCUCCUCUCAGCCAAAAACAUUGGGCCAUAAUUAACCGCAAGCCGAAAGCAGCGCCGAGGAAAAAGAAAUACCGAAAUUGAAUCAGAAAAAUCAGUAACUGUGCAGCAAAAGCAGUGGACGCAGAAAAUGCGGGCCGAGUGCUUUGGCAAUUAUGCCAAAAUUGUUAACAAAAUACAAAGUGUAUCAGGCUAAAUAAAAUCGACAGCAGGAAACCGCAGGAAUUACAAAAGGACCGAAGGGACAGGCGACGACAGGUGGUCGCUUUUGGGGCCUUUUCUCCUUGAAUUCAUUUCGUAAAUCUAUAUAUAUAUAUUUAGUGGGGGCCGAAAAUCACACCCUUCGUUGGCCCAAAAGCAACAGAGCUGAAAAACCCAAAACCCCCAACCCUAGCCCAAAUUGAAACCUCAAUAGAAACACAAACGGAAGCAGAACAAAAACUCACUUAGGCUGCCAUCCAAAUCAACGGCUGUCAGACAAAAAGUCGCUUUUUAUUGAUUUUUAUAAAGCCAAAAAGCAAUGAACAGCAAGGAAUAAUAACACAAGCCGCAGAAGCAGAAGCAAAAUAAAAAUAAAAAGAAUAAAAACAAAAAGCGAACGCAAUGUGAAUAAUUCCCCAGUUGAACACAGAGGCGAGCACGAAACGGAAAAACUGCUGCUAUAUCCCCACUCACCCCACCACUCCCAGUGCCCCCGCCUGUCCAGAUCCCCAACUAUAUAAUAUAGCACACUAUCGGAACGUUCAUCAAAUGCGAUUCGACUCGAUUCGAUUGGAUUCGAUGACGAUUCGAAGCGGAGACACCGGAGAGACGGACGCACACGGAGCCCCAUAAAAAUGUGUUAUAAAAAUAUACACGCAUAAAUUCCCCCAACCCCCCACAAGGACAUAAAAACACGGGGAGAACCUUUCAUGCAAAUGUCAUUGACAAAGUCAAUUAGCAGGAAACGGAAGCGCUGCAGCUGCACAAUUGAAAUUGAAAACUCGUUUAAAGGCAUCACAAAACACGAAACGGAAGUGCGGGACAAAAAGCAAGACUGAUUUUAAGUUUAGUUAGAUUAUUUUAACAAUAAAACCCCCCAAAAAAAGGGAGAGCAACUAUUUUGUGGGGAAAAACCCGAAACUGCAACAACGAAUUAGCCAAGCGGAAACCGUAGCAAGGAGGUAAACCGACCACAGAGAAAAUAGGGAAAGCCCCAACAAAGCGGGAAAAGCAGCAAAGCAGGAAAAACAAAAGCAACCUACCAACAAAAGCAAGCCGGAUCCAUUCGAAAGCAUGUUUGUGCUCAUAGCUGUGCUGUUUGUUAACGCUUGCCUAGCGGGCACCAUUCCGGCCACGCCGGAGAACAUAACCGUUACGUUCCUCACGCCCACGGCGGUCCGGGUGUCGUGGCAGACGCAAAUCGAUCUGAAGGCACAUCCCAUCGAGAAGUACAUCGUGACGUACAAGCCAACGGACGACAGUUACAGGGUUGUACAGGACGUCGCCGGCAGCAGCGAGGCCAUUGUCCUGGAUCGCCUGCUGCCCAGCACACAGUACUCCCUCGUUGUGACGGCCAUCUGGCAGGGCAAGAAGUACCGCAGCCGCGGCCAGAUCAAGUUCAAGACGCUUGAUCUGCCCAAGAACACCUCGCAGCAGGACUUUCCGCCGGGCAUCUACGGCAAUGGCAGCAACGGUGCUCGCAAUGGCACCAACAAUGCCAGCAUCUUUGGCGACGACGUGACCUCCACGGCCACCAACACCCUGACCCAUGGCACACCCAGGGAAUUGCCCACGAUCCGCGGCGUGGAGAUCGGCAUCGUUCUGAUCGUACUGAUGGUCUGGGCCGGAGCCAUCGCUCUGUUCUUUAACCGGUGGGGCAAGAUCCGAAUGCUGCUCCCCUAUCAGCCGGACUACAAGCACGAGCAGCUGAAGGUGCCGGGCACGGGCGUGUGCAGCGCCAGCGGAUGCAAUGGACAGCACUCGCACCAGAACCUACACCCCGAUUUCUUUGUCAAGUUCGACAGCAGUGAAUGUGCCCACCCACCGUUGCACUGCAAUAGCCGCGUAAGCAACUGGCCGGAGGAUGCGGCAAACACCCAGCGGAGAUCCUUACUGACCUACUUUUCAUUGCAGCACAUCCACAUGCUGGCCGAGGAGCACUCCACCUCCAUUUCGGAACGCUGCACCCGCAGCCGCAUCAACUCGGCCAUAUUCGUGUCCUCGGAGGGGCGAGGCUUCGACUCCAUAGAGUUCCUGCGGCGCCACGGAUCUCAGAGUGUCCUCUGCAGGAAGGCCAAGAGUGCCGAGAACAUCACGGAUAACGGAAGAAGGAAGAGCCUGCGGCCGUGGCGCACCGACGAUGAAUCCUGCAAGCAGCAGCACCUCUCGCAGGACAGCAACGACAUCGAGCUGAAGGAGUGCGGCGGCGGUGGAGGAGAGCUGCUCCGGCUGCCGGUCAUCCACGAUGGCAAGCAGACGCCCACGGCCGUGACCAGUCUGCUAGCGCGAUCGGCGGCCAUAACCACAGCCAACAUGAUUGUGGGCAGCAUUUCGCUGGAGGCACCACCACCUUACAUGCAGGACGACGAGGGCGAUACGCUGUCCACGGCGGCACUCAUUCACAGCGAUGCAGCUGCCGUGGUACACGAGUCGCAGGACUCGGCGGAGACGGUGGAGGAGCUAGUCCAUGUGCCGCUACUGGCCAGUGCCACUGCCACGGCCAGCGUUUCGGCCUCAUCCUCGCCCAGCAUUGCCAUUGAGGCCAAGCCGCGCGUCCUGGUGCACCAGCGAUCCUCGACCGCCUCCUCGUCGCCGCACAGCAGCCCCAAGAACCUGGGCAGCCUGGGACUGAAGAUCGUCAAGCCCAAGAUCAGUGCCGUGCCAAUGGUUUCCGUCUCCGGACCCUCGCCGCCCAUUGAGAAGCCGCCGCUGGCCGAGUGCUUGUAACAAAUGGCAGCCGAAACAUUUAUCUAAGCUCGCACUGAAGGCAACUGGACCCUGGAACCCGGAUAGCCCCCAAGAGUACCCAAAGCCGCAGAAAGAGUACCCAUCCAAAUCCUAUUUCAAUAAUCUAAGACGAGAUAUGUAGUUGAGACGGAGAAAGUAUGCCAGCUGCUCAAAUAAGUGUUUCGGUGAGAGGCUUUAACAAGUAGAUUGCAAGGACAAGGAAGUGCAAGGACGAGACAAGUAGUAAUAGGAUAGAAAAUGAACCAGUGGUCAUCACCAGGCAAGGAAAGCUUUGUAUAUUCAACAACGACUGACGUAUACACAUAUGUGUAGUACAUUAUAAACGAAACCAAUGGUAACCUGUAGAACUUUAUAAGUCGAUUAUUGUGUACGAGUAUGUGUGUAUGCAUACCUAUUAACUGAUAAAUCAGCUUUAACAACAAACAAGUAAACUAUCAGGCUUUAAUAUUACGACGAUGAUGAAUUUCUGGUUUAACCUAGUCCGUAGACUCACCUAGCUGUUGAAACUAAUAAAUCGAUUCUCUUUAAUUCUUCUCCUAUACAUAUAGCCAAAACGAACACAGAACACUCGGGCACCACCACUGUUAUACACGCGAUCUAGAUCUAUAUAGAUUUACCAAAUAUAUACAUCUAUAUAUAUAUAUUUAUACACCCAGUAAAAUUAGUUGUGUGCGCCUGAAGAGCCUCGCACGGAUCAACAGGGUUUCAGUUCAAGAUCCUCUAAGAAUCCUGGGAAACAGUGUGAUUCAUGCCAGGCUCUUCUUCGUACCGCCAGAGGUUUUCGAACACCUGCUAUACACUUAGCUCCUAGUUUUAAGAGAAUGAAAUCACAUAGUCCAAAUGUUACAUGCUAGCAUAUCAAAUUCUCUACUGUACCCACGACCAAAGCGAAACGUUUGAAACUGUAACUAGUCCAUAAUUAGCUUUAAGCAACCUAUUACAUGACUAUUAACUAGACGUAGAGAUUUUUGCAAAGUAAGUGCCCUGGACGACUUCUGAGUGUUUUUGAAACCAGACUCUUACGUGUAUUCCGUGUAGAUGUUUCUGUAGCGCGAUCGUAACCUAUACAAAAGAGUAUGUCUCAUGUUAGGCGAACUCAUUGAUGGAUUUAUAGAAGUUUAUAUAGGAACGAUACGAUACUAUAGGAAUCGAUGGCACCAAGCCCAUUUGCUCCCGCUCACUGGUUUAGGUAGUCUCUUUACAUUUUAGUUAUGAUACUCCAAAUUUAUCUAUCCACCUACGCGUUAGACACCUCAAAUCUAUCCUAUCCAGUUCGUUUCAAGAAUAAAAUACAACAAAUGUAAAUACACAUGCACUUGUACCUACAUCAACUGAAAAUAUCUUCAGUGGAACACAAACGUUGUUAUUAAGGAAUUGUCAAUUUAUGGUCCAAAGCUACAAUAAAUAGAACAUCAUUUGGAUGGGUCAGCAGUAAGCUUAACUAAGUUCUAGUUUACGUUCAAUUCGCUAACACAAAACAAAAGUAAAACUGUGUGAAUGUGUAUUUUUGAAAUCAAAUAAAUGAAUUACAUAAAUGUAAUCUUUUCAUAAA